ACUCUCAGGCACAUUGUAGCCUGUGUGGUUGAGUAAAAAUGAGUAUUCCCGUCGUGGACUUUGGUGCUUACAGCCUGAGUGAAAGGCAUGUUUCCGACCAGCAGCUGCAAGACCUGAGCCAAGAGCUGAAAGCAGCUUUUACAGAAAUUGGGUUUGUUUUCUUGAAGAACACGGGAAUCACUGAGGAGGAGGUGGACCGUGUUAUGGAUGUGUCCAAGAAAUUCUUCCUGCAGCCAGAUGAGGUGAAACAGGAAUUUAGCAGGAACACUUUCGCCGGCUGUCCUAACCACGGCUGGGUGUCACUGGAGACUGAGAGGUUGAAUCCACGUCGACCUGGAGACCUAAAGGAAUCAUUCAACACUUCAUCACUUGACCCAGACAUAAGAUGGCCAUCGUCAGACACAGGGUCUGGGUUCAGGGAGAUCCACACGUCUUUCUUCCAGCGCUGUAAAGAGCUGAGUCUGCGGGUGAUGAGGGUGAUGGCCCACAGUCUGGGUCUGGACCCAGAGGUUUUCGUGAGUGAACACCAGUUCAUAGGAACUAAUAUGAAUGGCACAACGCUGCGUUGUCUGUAUUACCCACCGGUGAACACUGAGAGAGUGAAGGGAGGCCAGGUUCGCUGUGGAGAGCAUUCAGACUACGGCAGCAUCACACUGUUGUUCCAAAGCUCUGAAGGUCUGCAGAUCCGUACACGAUCAGAUGAAUUCAUCUGUGCUCCCCUGAUUCCUGGAACUGUCCUCGUCAACAUCGCUGACCUGAUGCAGCGCUGGACCAGUGAUCGGUUUGUCUCUGUGCUGCACAGGGUAUUGCUGCCCCUUGCCGGAGACUCCAGCACUCGUCAGUCCCUGGCUUUUUUCGCCCAGCCCGAUGACGAGGCAGUGAUCACCUGCUGCGACGGCUCUGACAAAUACCCUCCAGUCUUGUCAGGUGAAUACCUCAUUGAGCGCUUUAAGGACUCAUACGGACGACCCUGAAUUUCCGUUAUAUAUAUGUACAGUAUAUAUAUAGUGCUUAACACAUUUAUCA